GCCUUGACCGAUUGGCAACGUUGUUACCAGCAACCAUUAUCAACAUAUGUGAAAGCACUGAAGAACAAAAUGAGUGGUGUCAACACGGAGCUAGAAAUCCAGGCCCACGCCCUUGUGGAUCGCGUGAUUGACAAUGCUAGGAAGCGAAUCGUUACUGAACUAGGAGACACAACAGAGAUCAUGAGUCGUCCUGUGUCCUCGAUCAAGACCUACGACAGCCUGCUUUUCCGAGAGACAGAGGACUACGAGAUACCGAAAAUUGAGUGGAUGACGAUUGAAGAAUUCAAUAUUGACCUGGGCAUCAAGAAGUUAGAUGAGUUUGUAAAGACAUGGGAGUACGACAACAGCUGGUUGUACUGCAUUGAUUUUCUGAGAGAGGAAGACGACAAGUACUCCAAGAAAUACCGCUAUCAAGUCCGAUGGAGCAUUCCUACUCGGAGGAAACCUAUCCCACGAGCCACAGCGUGCGUGUAUUUCACCAUCGAGGUCUCCAAGAUCAAACCGAAGACCUAUCCAGUGUCUGUGUACUACGUGUUCGAAACAAACCGUCUAGUCCAUCAACCUGGUCUUUCCAGGUUUAGGGAUCGGUGGCUCAAAGACAUUAUCGACACCAAGAUCUUAGUCAUGGAUACAGUUACAUUCUGAAUAACCUUGAAAAAAAAAGACUAUCAAGUGCAGACUUCUUUUGGACAGCAGCAAGUUGUCUAUGGCCGAUAUUUAUCAUAGACAAUAAUUAUUACAUUCUGAAAAAAAAAUUAAAUAUAACAUUCAAUGUUCGGUGGCUCAAAGACAUUAUCGACACUAAGAUUCAAGUCAUGGAUAUAUGCUGAAGAAACUUAGAAAAGGGACAAUCCAUCGAAACUUCUUUGGGACAGGGACCAGUGCUACUCAUCUGUAUCUUUGCGAAUCGUCUGUGACUGUUCUUCAACAGUCAUUUUCAAGUCAUCACUGAUUCUGAAUUAGAAUUCUAUGGGCAGUGGCUCCUACCUAUAUUCCAUACAUGUAUAUCUUUACAAAAUGCCUAUGCUUUUUUGUCAACAUCCAGAUUUAAGUUAUUAUCCUAGUAAGGCAAAAGAAUGUAUUUGAAUCGAUUCAAUGAGACAGGUUUUUUGGCUGACCCCAAAUGAUGCAGCUUUCCUACAUGAAUAUGCAUUGCUUUCCACAAAGUGUGGUAUCAGCAAAUUGAAAUCUCUUCUCCAUGAAAACUUAAUAUCGAACCACUUCAAACUUGCAAAUGUAAAACCUGUAUUUUCUCUUUGCCUAGGUUUCUGCAUUGAUAGCACUGAGAAAGGAAUAAUUUGAUUCAGAAAAUCCAUUUUGCUUCAAAAAAUAAGCCAAUGGACAACUUUAAAGUGUACUUAAUAAAUUAUAAAGUCAGCGUUGCUCGAGUCAAACUUUAAAAAAAAUCACCUUUAAUACUUGGAAGUUUUAAAAAGUUAACUUCUCUUUAUAUUCUUGCUUUAAAUCUACAUGUAAGUUAUUCAGAAGUCUCAUCCCAACUGAAACAACUUUGGCAAGGUUGACUGUGGCAAUGAAUUAAUAUUUGUAUAUAUGUAUUCAGUAUAUGAAGUGUAAAUAUUUGUAAAUUACAUAUUAUAUCAUGUAAUAAAAUGUUUAAAUUCAUAC